AUGGAGAAAUCAAUAGAGAUGCAAAACGACGUCGUGGUAAUGCUAGCGAGGCAUGUCAUCGCCACCGUUGCCAACGGCUCCAACCUUGUCUUUUCACCAACGUCAAUCAACGUUUUGCUCUGCCUCAUUGCCGCCGGUUCUAAUUGCAUCGCCAAAGAAGGAAUCCUCCCAUUCCUCAUGUUGCCCUCAUCGGAUCACCUCAACGCAGUCUUGGCCAAGACUGUAUCCGUUACACAUUCCAAUGGCAGCAAGAGAAGCAAUGUGCGUUUCUCUGCGGCUUAUGGCGUCUGGAUCGAUAAAUCUGUGUCCUUCAAGCCUUCCUAUGAAGACCUAUUGGAUAACUCCUACAACGCUACUUGCACUCAAGCUGACUUCGCAUUCAAGCCUGGUGAAGUGAUUGAUGAUGUGAAUACAUGGGCUAAGUAUCAAACCAAUGGAGUCAUCGAGCAGAUUCUUUCACCGGAUUCUACCGAGGCUAUCCGUGAAAGCAAACUCAUACUUGCAAAUGCAAUGUAUUUCAAAGGAGCUUGGAGCAAUAAUUUUGAUGCAUGGUUGACAAAAGAUUACUAUUUUCACCUUCUUGAUGGCUCAUCUGUGAAAGUACCCUACAUGACCAAUGACGAGGACCAAUACCUAGAAGAAUAUAGUGGUUUUCAAGUUUUGCGUCUCCCUUAUCUUGAGGAUCAACGUCAAUUCUCCAUGUAUAUUUAUCUCCCUAAUGAUAAAGACGGAUUACCUGCGCUGCUUGAGAAAAUAGGGUCCAAACCAGGGUUUCUUGAUUAUCAUAUUCCACGCCACCGUGUACCAGUGAGAGCUUUUAGAAUUCCAAAGUUUAAGUUCUCUUUCGAGUUUGAUGCUGCAUAUGUUUUAAAGAAUAUGGGGCUGACUUCGCCGUUUAAUACUACUGGUGGAAGUACUCUAACCGAGAUGGUUGAUUCCCCUUCCAUGGCUGAGGAUCUAUACAUCUCAAGAAUUAUUCAUAAAGCUUCCAUUGAAGUUGAUGAAGAGGGAACUGAAGCUGCAGCCGUUUCUGCAUCCAUGAUAUUAACGAGCUGUUCGGCAUAUGAAUCGAGAAAACCAGAUUUCGUAGCUGACCAUCCAUUUCUAUUCACAGUGAGAGAAGACAAGAGUGGACUCAUUUUGUUCAUGGGUCAAGUUCUUGAUCCUUCAAGACAUUGA